CUUGUCACGCGGGGUUAGUAAAAGUUGGGAUAGCAGCUCCGGAGACUGAGAGCGAUAGAGAAACAGACAGGAGGAGAGACAGAGAGAAAGAGGGAACGGGGACAAUUAAACGGACAAUUCAUCGGCUUUAUAGCAAACAUUAAACACUGGCAGUGAGAGCGCUUCUUUGUUAGUGACGAGGUCGGCAGACACAGAGAGAGAAACAGUGAGAGACGGAGAGGGGGAAGACGACUUUCUCUGAAGUUGAAGCCAGUAUUUCGCCAGUUAACUGCCAGAGGAAGAGGAGCCAACGGUUUUCUGGAUUUGUCAAAGCGAGGGGAAAACACGGGUUCGUGUACGGUCAGACGCGCGCGAGUCAAAUGAAGUAAAGUUGAAGUUCGGCGUGGUGGCAGUCGGUAAAUGUUGUGACAUUUCAGGAGAGCAUAAAUUGCUCCAGCGGUCGACGGUCGAGUGGCGGGGUAGAACCCGAGCUGUCAAACCCGAUGACUACUGCAAACUGCCCCGGGAAUGAGGAGCUGGACUUCAGACUGAUUUUCGGAGAGGACGGGCAGCAGCAGCCGUUAGGCCCCGCAGAUCUGGAGCCUGAUGACAACACGUCAUUCUACAUCCUAAAUGUGGGCCAGCCCCAGUCUAUGGUAACCAACCACCAGUCUAUUGGCCUGCCUCGUCAUGGCAUGCAGUCCCACUCCCAGAUCAUCAGCACUUCCCCACGCCUUCACUCACACAAACCAGGAUCUGAGCCUCCGAGCUAUGAAGUGCAAGAUUCCAAGUAUGGCACCUCCCCUCUGCUGCCCUCUGCUCCUGUGGAGGCACCAAAGGCCUUUGAGUGCCCCAGUAUCCAGAUCACUUCCAUCUCCCCCAGCUGCCAGCAGGAGAUGGAUGCCAGUGAGGAGGAUAUGAGGGCCAAUGGCCCUGAUGGGGACUACCACGGUGAAAGGCCCCUGUCCAGAGAUCACCUGUAUUUGCCCCUGGACCACUCAUACCGGGACUCUUCACUUAGCCCUAGUCCAUGCAGCAGUCUGUCCUCGAGGAGCUGGUUCUCUGAUGCCUCCUCCUGUGAAUCAUUCUCACACGUCUAUGAUGAUGUUGACUCAGAGCUAAAUGAAGCGGCUGCCCGAUUCACCCUGGGCUCUCCGCUUACUUCCCCAGGCUGUGCCUCCCCUCAAACCAGUAGUGGGGUUUUGGAGGAGCAGCCCCAUUGGCAGCACCACCACCCUGCCUUCGUGCACCACUCUCACUCCAUCAGCCUGUCACCCCGACAGUCCCCCUGUCAUUCACCACGCACCAGUGUCACUGAUGAAAAUUGGCUUAGCCCCCGGCCACCUUCUAGGCCUUCCUCACGUCCAACCUCACCCUGCGGGAAAAGGCGCCACUCUAGCGCUGACAUCUGCUACCCCGGCUCAUUGUCUCCUCAUCACUCACCCACACCCACGCCGGGACCUUCACCUAGGGGCAGCGUGACGGAGGACACCUGGGUUGGCAGUCCUUCUGUAGGCAUGUCCCCCUUCCAGUGCUGCCCAUCUGAGGCAGACAUCCCAUCCAAGACAAGGAAGACCUCACAAGACAGAACGUCUAUGCCGAGUGGGAAAGGGGACCUGGGGCUAGAUGACCAAGGAAAUAUGUCUCCUAAACUAGAUUCUCCUUCAGACGAAGGCCUGCACAGCCUGAAAAAGGAUGGGCCUGGGGAACAGUUCCUCUCAGUGCCCUCUCACUUCUCAUGGAAUAAACCCAAGCCUGGUCACACACCUAUAUUCAGGACCUCCUCACUGCCCCCUCUAGAUUGGCCGCUGCCAAGCCAGUUUGGCCAGUAUGACCUGAAGAUAGAGGUGCAACCCAAAGCCCACCACCGAGCGCACUAUGAGACCGAGGGCAGCCGAGGAGCCGUCAAAGCAGCAUCCGGUGGCCACCCAAUUGUCAAGCUCAUUGGCUACACUGAGAAGCCCAUCAACCUGCAGAUGUUCAUCGGGACAGCAGACGACCGGUACUUGAGGCCACAUGCCUUCUACCAGGUGCACAGGAUCACCGGGAAAACCGUAGCCACAGCCAGCCAAGAAAUUAUAGUCUCCAGCACCAAAGUUCUCGAAAUUCCUCUCCUGCCUGAAAACAACAUGUCGGCCAGUAUUGACUGUGCUGGCAUCCUUAAACUGCGGAACUCAGACAUUGAGCUGCGGAAGGGGGAGACGGAUAUAGGAAGAAAGAACACACGGGUUCGUGUGGUGUUCCGAGUGCACAUCCCUCAACCCAACGGGAAGGUGCUGUCGCUGCAGGCUGCCUCUAUUCCUGUGGAGUGCUCCCAGCGUUCGGCUCAAGAGCUGCCCCAGGUUGAGAAAUCCAGCCUGACCAGCUGUCUGAUCAGUGGGGGAGAAGAGAUGGUCAUCACCGGCUCCAACUUCUUCCCAGAGUCCAAGGUCAUCUUCCUGGAGAAAGGCCCUGAUGGACGACCACAGUGGGAAGUUGAGGCAAAAAUAAUCCGUGAGAAAAGUCAAGGAUCGUGCAUCGUGGUGGAGGUCCCUCCCUACCACAGCAAGUCUGUGGGCUCAGCCGUGCAGGUGCAGUUUUAUGUCUGCAAUGGCAAGCGGAAAAGAAGCCAAUCACAACGCUUCACCUACCUUUCAGUCAUGGUGAAACAGGAGCACAGAGAAGAGCUGGACCUUUCUGCAGUACCCCCUUUGCCCAUGCCCCUGGCACAUGCUGCCAGUCUGGUGCGCACCCAGCUGCCUUCUCCCGAGCAGGGCCACCCAUCGGACAACCUUCUGUCCAGCUCCCCUCACGGCCUGGCCGCCGGCUCCGGACCUGGCCUGCUACCCCUGCAGGCCCCCUGCCCCUCCCUGGGCUCCCCGUCUUUCCAGCACCUGCCUCACCUCCAGGGUCGCAGCUUGCACCACCCCCCUGCAGACUGCCACAUGACGUUCCACCCGAGUGCUGCCCCUGCUCCUCUUUCUGCUCCUCCCCGGCCCUCUUACCAACCUAUGCAGCAUAGCCACGGUCAUAGUCAUAGCCUGCCCUUCAACGGCCAGUCCAGCCUUCCUCCUCAGGGCUACGAGAGGAUGCCCUUUCAGCAUAGCCCCAGUGCAGCGUCACACCCGAUGAGCAUGGGAAUGGUGUACUCUUCCUCCCCUUGCUCCUCACCAUCAGCACCCUCCUCUUCAACCACCAACCCCAUUGCUGGGUCUCCUCAGAGUCAGCCACCCAUGCUCACCCCCUCAUCCCCACACCUGCACACACUCGGAGGCUAUCACUGCUCCCCAAAUCCCACACAGGUGCCCUCUCCUGGUGGCCACCCCCUUGUGGGGCAGCACUCCUCCCAGCUGCAGAGGGCUAUGGGCUACCACCCGGUAAGUCAAAGGUCAGCCUCGUGUCCCACACCAUCCAGCGCCCCUGCUCCAAGGAUGAUCCCCUCUCCCCACUCUGGGCCUUCCUCCCCACAGCUCCACUCGCUGCCCUACCAGUCUCCCACCUCAUCCUCCCCCACCUCUGGUGGCAGUCCUCUGGGGCCCAUGCAACAGCAGCAUUCAGGACAGCCUUCUCCACAGGCUACAAGCCCAGUCAUGGCCAGUCUGUCCCCAGUGGCAGCUGGGCCUCUGGUUCACCCUCUGAGCCCACCGGGGCCCUUCCCCUCAGAUGGAGAGAGGCUGAACAUCAAACAGGAGCCAGAGGAGAGGGAGCCCACCUUCCGCAUCGGCCUACAGGACAUCACACUGGAUGAUGUGAAUGAAAUCAUCGGCAGAGACAUGUCCCAGUCCCCCAGCACUCAUGGUCCUCCAUCAGCACACAGCCAGUCAUAGCCCAGCCCGCGCUCAGGCCCUGACACAGCUUUUUGGGUCAUGAACCACCCGCUCCAGCUCCUGACCCCGCAACCCCACAGCUUCGACAAUGACCCCGGACCCCUGGUCCUAGUCCUGGUCCAGACGCUGGUCCCGUGUACAAUCAGACAAGAGGGCAGGAAGAGAUAGAGAAAGACUGUGGUCGAGGAGCCUCAUGGACCUGCCAGACCACCAGCCUGACAAGAAGACACUCUCAUUUGUCUCCUCUGAUUUCAUUUGAAACUCUUUCUCUUCUGGAAGAGAUACAGAUGCAGAACCCACAGCUUCACACAGGUGAAACACGAAGGUGAGUAGGAGAAUGUGAACAUGACGAGAAGAAUAAGAUGUGACCCGUCCCUCUUGGUUAGGUGUGUGCCUGCCCUCUCAAAGCACCGCUGUCUUCCUGGACAAUCAGCUCUCCACAACUACAGAGCCCUCGCCUUUUGUCUCCACUGUACUGAAGACAAUACAACAGUGUGCGUCGCUGUCCCCUUCUCACCAGCAUCGACCUUCAUGAGCGAAGACGUCUUGAGAGAACAAGAGAAACUCAGGAGUGCACAGUAAUCUGACAGGAUGCUACAGCUGGGGCACAAAACGGUUCAGAAGGUUGUUUCAGUUCUCUGAAGUCAAAGGGGCAACGGUUUCAUACUGAAACUCCACAACACAGGUUUCUCUGAGCGAGCAUCAGCAAAAGCGUGGCAUGAUGUAGCGAAACUAACACAUGGAAGUUGGAGAUAAAGGUUGUAAGAUUGGAUGACCAAAUUCAAAUCAAACCACCCUGAAUGAUCAGAAUUUUAGUUACAAGUAAAAAAAAGUCUUUCAGUAUGAAUUGAAUUUUCCAUCCCCAGUCUUUCGCUCUUGGCUUGUUUUCCCUCUUUAGAUGAUUAAACCAUUCAGGUCUGGAGUGCAAGGGCCUGGCAGGGUUGACAAGCUCCUCUGCCGCUGCUCUGGGAUCUGCAACCUGCAACAUUCCACAACUUUUAGCAACCUUGCAGCCGUGUAGAUAUCUGUACAUGAACCCCUGUCUCUCUCUCUCUCUCUCUGUCUCUCCCUCCUUCUGUCUCCUCUGUUUCAUCAUUUCCUCCCUCCCCUGUGUUUCUUUAUCUUCAUCAAGCUGAACAAAUGCCUUAUUAACACUUAGCAGCUUUGAAUGGUAGCAAAAGCUUUUUCUUUUUGUCUUGCACAGCUGGCUUUGAGUGCGACUAUAAUAAUGUUUCAGAAACAUGGUUUCGUGAAUCCCGAUGAGGGGUGAGUCGGUAUUUUUCAUUCAAAGAUAUUUGAAGACGCGCCCGUUAUUUCCACGUUACAGAGAAGUGUUUUUAUUCAUUCACAGAGACAAGACGUCUCUACCUCUGAAAUUUCUUCUCAUGCAAUCACUCCCCAAUCUACCAGGGGCCCUUGUGUGCCUUUGAAUUCCUAACAGCCACCAUACCCACGAUGGUAUGACAUAUAAUGGGAAAUAAUCUGAUCUGAUGUUUGUAUAUUGCAUUUAUGUGUCGUUCCCCCACUCUGUAAUGAACAAGGUGAGAAUCCCAAAGUCUAGAGAACAACAUGUGGAUGCACUUCCCCUGUUUCAACAAUUUGCUGUUCACAAUCAAACGCUUCUACACAGCGUCCGUUAAACCGUACAGACAUGCAGUGCCUGUACGGCAGCAAUACCACAAUCUCGAGGACGGAGUGUCUUCAGGCAGGUGGAUGCGAACACACAGAUUUCCAUUGGCUUUUGUUUUUUUUUUUUGUUUUUUUUGCCUUAAGCUUGACAAUGAUGCUCCUGCGUGUGAGAGCUGAGGAGUGUUGCUAAUGACGGUUUGAAGUCAGUUUCCAGGUGAAAGUGAUUUUUGCUAUGCAUUACAAUUCUGCCUGAUGCCUUUAAAAAAUGAGGAGAAAAAAAAAAAGACAAAAAAAUAAAUAAAAGACCUUGAUGCCUAUAGAUGUAGACUGUAGACUUGUAGAUGCUUGAUUGAUUCUGUUAGCAUCCUGGAGUUGUACAUCAGCCAAUCUGCCUUGUCAAGGACGCAGUGCAAGCAUCUUAAUAGAUUCAGUCGAGUGUGUGUGCGUGCGUGUGCGUGAGUGUGUGUGUGGAUGGAUGGUGUUUGUACCAAAUAUGCUGUACAGAAGACAGGAAUUUUAAGAGUCCUAUUUUUUAACAACAGAAGCACACACAUGUAUUUAGGCUAUGCAAACUAUAACAGCAGCAAAUGUGAGAUAUGAAAAUGAAAAAAGGAGAUUAUAAACUAUUUGUAACAUUGCUUAUGAAUUUCACGGAGCGGAAAGAAAAAAAAACAUUCAGAUAGUGAGAGUAUCAUGUCACUAUGUAAACUGUUAGGAUGCCUUAACUCUUGUUUGAAAACCAGUUUGUCAGUGUGUCUGUAUGCUGUUCUGGGUUGAUUUUUGUUUUUUUUUUCCAUGACUAAGACAUAAGUCGGUAACUAUUACUAUUUUUUGUUUGUUUUUUUGGGGGGGAGGGGGGCACAGGGUGGACGUUGAGGGAUCGGUGGGAGGAAGGAGAUGGCUUUAUUUUGUGGCGUAUAAAGCUGGUUCUGCAGCUUGAAAGACUUGAGUCAAGAAAAAUGAAACAAAACCAGCAUUGACAGUGAACUCUGUCUGCCGCCCUCGUCUGUCACAACCAAAGACCGAACAAUAUGUUCCCAUUUUACAUUAUGGUAAAGCAACAGAGACUGUACAACUCUAUUUUUGAUACUUUGAAAUGGAUGUCAUUCCUAAAAGGUUGGGGACAUGUAUGAGUGUUGAGUGUGUGUAUACAUAUAUAUAUGUACACGUAUAUAUACAUAUGUAAUGUAUAUACACACACCCACACACACAUAUAUACUGUAUAUCUAUAUAUACAUAUAUAUGUUUUGUAAAAUAAAAGGGAAAUACAGGUUUAGCUGAUGUUUACCGAGCCUUGUAUUGUCAUUUCUUGUAUAUUUUGUAUGUUAAAAUUUUUUGUAAUUUUUAAGACUGCAGUGCUUUUUUUGAAAUUAUUCAAAGGGAAUACCUUGCAUCAUACUGUAGGCUCUAAAGUAGUGUAUAUCAAUAAAAUAGAAAACUCA